UCUUUGUCUCCAUUCUCCAAUUAAUGUACACACAGGCUCCUCUCUUCCUUUUCCCACAAAUCAAAUAUCCACCAUGCAUGCAUGAACGUGAUCCCAUUAGUUAGAAGCUAGAAGCCUAAUCUCUCUCUCUCUCUCUCUCUCUCUCUCUCAAAUUCUUCUACUCGGUCUUUGAAAGCUAGCUAGCUACUGAAGUCUUAUUCUCUGGAGUUCAUUCGGAUUCUUUAUGUUAUGAAGGAUUUCUCUUCUACUUUCUUAUGAAAAUGGAUGAAAAAGAGGUGGAAGACAACUACUCGGCACAUCAGCCGACAGCUUUCGCAGCACUGGACGCCACAGAUCAAAACGCCGCCGCGGCCGCCGCCGGCGGAAGCAUCGAAAUGGUGGACUACAUGCUAAACACGUCCCCUGCGCCGCCGCCGCCGCACCUAAGUUUCGCAGAAGUAAUGCAAUUCGCCGACUUCCGGCCAAAAAUCCACGCGCAGCCGCAGACUCAAGUCUCCGGCGACGUCGUGGAUGUCGAGAGCUGCUUCUUCAAGUUUCCUUCUUUGCCUUCUCCAUCUCCUCUUCCUUAUGACGAAAUCGACGGCGGCGAUGAUCAGGAUCUGGAAGAAGAGGAGGCUCAUCGGUUCUCCGAUCUGAAUGAGGCGGCGACGGCGACGGCGGUGGCGGCGGGUUCUUCAGUGCAGGAGAUUGGAGGAGGUGGUGGAGUGGAUCAAGGGAAGAGUGGUAGUAGGAGGAAGAGAGGAAGGUCUAUGAAGACUAGUGAGGAAGUGGAGAGUCAGAGGAUGACUCAUAUUGCUGUUGAGAGGAAUCGGAGAAGACAGAUGAACGAGCAUUUACGGGUGCUAAGGGCUCUAAUGCCUACUUCUUAUGUCCAAAGGGGAGACCAAGCUUCCAUUAUCGGCGGCGCAAUAGAGUUUGUUAGAGAGUUAGAGCAACUCCUACAGUGCUUGGAAUCCCAGAAGCGCCGCCGCCUAUACGGCAGCGGCGCCGUCGACGCCUCCCUGCCACUUCCCAUUCCACAGCCAGCGCCGCCUCUGCCAGCCUUCUUCCCACAGCUCCCUCUCGCCGGCGUCGACACCUCAGACGGCAGCGUGGGGCUCCGGGAGGAUAUGGCAGAGAACAAAUCUCCAUUGGCCGACAUCGAAGUGCGACUUCUCGGCCUCGACGCCAUGAUCAAGAUUCUCUCACGGCGGAGGCCAGGCCAGCUUCUCAGGACUAUUGCUGCAUUGGAGGAUAUGCAGCUUAGCAUUCUCCAUACCAACAUCACAACAAUUGAGCAGACUGUUCUAUACUCCUUCAAUGUUAAGACAGAUCACGGCAGAGACGAGUUGCACUGCGCAGGAGAUUGCCAACUCAGUUCAGCAAAUACUUGGCUUCAUUGAUGACAGUAGAGAGCACUACUGAUAUCCCUCCACAGCACAACCUCCUGUUUUCUACUGAAUUUCAAGUGCGUGCAUAUAUAUUACAUGACAUAAAUGAUGGUGGUGAUAGGCUUCGUUUGGAAUAAUUUUUUUACUAUUUUCUAAAAAUAAUUUUUUAGUACAAAAAUUUACUGUUCAAAUAAAAAUCACUCCAAACGAAACUUUAAUGAUAAUAAAUACUGCUAUUGUCAGAAUCAACAGUGUAUCUUCAUUCAAUGUAACUUUGCAGUGCAGAGUGGUGAUGGCACUACAUAUGAUUGAUACUUCUAUCAAAUAAAAUUGAUUA